AAAUAUUGUAAACGUACAUUUUGAAAGUAGGUAUAUAGUAGGUAGUAGGCAGUAGGCACCACUUAACAUUGCUGCUUUGUAUUAUACUCCUAUGAUAUUAUUAUGUUGGCCGUGGAGUGGCGAGUGGCGACUAUGGUAUAGAGGUUCCAAGGUUGUUCCACGCGCUGCGCGCACUGAUCCAUCGAGUGGGCAUCAUUGUAAAUUGUAGAUAGUCAUAGAUAACCGCGGUAGGUACAUACCACCACUUGUUAUUCUGAUUUCUAAGUGAAAAUGGCGUUAUUGCUCUCGUCAUCAUUCGCGAUUGGGAACCGUUCAAAAAGUAUUUGAAAAAUCGCUCAAUAAUUAACCGUUUCGCCAGUUCGCGGUGGUCGUGUUUGCGUUUGAGUUUUAAUGUGUACAAAUCGGAUGAGUCCGUAACCUGAGUAAGUCUCGGCGUUUAAGUACCAUACACUUGUCCAUAUCACUGCCAUACAAUACCCGCCCGUUCACAAAAUGUGGAAAGUAAGAGAACUCGCCGACAAAGUAACAAACGUAGUUCUCAACUAUACAGAAAUCGAAGCCAAAGUCCGUGAAGCGACAAAUGAUGAAGCAUGGGGACCAACAGGUAACUUAAUGCAAGAAGUUGCACAAGCUACAUUCAUGUUUGAACACUUUCCUGAAGUUAUGGGAAUGCUAUGGAAAAGAAUGUUACAUGAAAACAAAAAAAAUUGGAGACGUACUUACAAAAGUUUACUAUUACUAAAUUAUUUAGUUAAAAAUGGUUCAGAACGAGUGGUUACAUCUGCACGGGAGCACAUUUAUGAUUUAAGAGGAUUAGAAAAUUAUUCUUAUGUUGACGAGUUUGGAAAAGAUCAAGGAAUCAAUAUAAGGCAUAAAGUUAAAGAGCUUAUUGAUUUCAUUCAAGAUGACGAUAAGUUGCGAGAAGAAAGAAAGAAAGCAAAGAAAAACAAAGAUAAAUAUAUUGGAUUAUCUAGUGAAGCAAUGGGUUACAAAGGAACUGGAAUUGAAAAAUGGGACGAUGUACCACGAUGGAAAAAAAGUAGCAGUAACGAGUUUAGUGAUAAAAAAAAUUCAAAUACUUUAGGUUUUGAAGAAUCGCCUAAUAAUAGUGAUGAAAACGAUGUUGUCGAUUCUGAACCGGAACUUGACAUUCCUCAGAAACCUGUAGAAAUAUUUAAAGAUCGAAGUGUUUCGCCCACUAAAGUUCAAAGUCCAGCUAAACACAGAACUCCUGUAAAACGCAUUGAUUUAGGAGCGGCAGCACACUAUGGUAAACAACAAUCUGUGAUCAGUAACCCUACAACAACAACAAACAACCUCUUAGACACUGAAACUAGUUCAGUUGACUUAUUAAAUAUAGUAGAUGACAGUAAUAAACAAUCAAAUGAUUUUGGAGAUUUUAAUGCAGUGUUUAGUACUGCGCCAAAUACCAAAAACAGUGAAAUUAUUAAUCAAAGUGUUGGUGGUGACGAAUUUGCUGAUUUUAGUUCGGCAUUUACUCAGUCUAUGUCCCUUAGUAGUAAUCCAGUGAGUUCAGUUCAAACACCUAACCAAAAAUUAAUUACUAAUACCGAUCUCCUGACAUCGUUACCACAAUCAUCUAACAACAAACCAAGUAGUAAUUUAUUAGACUUGAACUUUGAUGCAUUAGAAAAUACAGCAUUGAAGAUAACGUUGAAGAAACUUAUCGAAUCUAUUCACAAGCAUUCAGAUUUGGACAUAAAAAUGCGAUUGAAAGAAUUUAUUGAAUAUAUGCCAGGUCCAAUGACUCCACAAAAAAUAACAAAACUAGAUAGCGCUGACUACUCACAAAUUACUAAAAUAUAUGGUCAAAUCCUAGAAAUAGUUUUACAACUAACUGAUUUUACGAAAUAUUUUCAAAUUAUCAAGCCUAUAUUUGCACCAGAUGGUGGUAACUUGGAAAUGCUUGAUUUGUCGCUGCAUAUUUUAUGGAACUAUAUAGCAAGAAAUCCAUUGUCUUUCAAAACGGAUUGCGCGAUCGACUUGAUAGAUGCCAUUUUUAAAAGUGAUUUAAUUAAAUCUUCAUUGAUUCUUGAAACUUUAAAUGCAAAUAAUAACCGUUUUACAUCCGUUUUGGAAUUUUUGUUAUCUUUACCGAGUAGGAUUGCUAACAAAGUGGAACAAAAUUUACCCAAGCAAUUUUCUCCGAUAGAGUUUUCUAAUGGAUUGGUACAACAUAUAUUGUUUGUAAUCGAUCAAUUGUGUAAAUAUUAUACAUUAGAAAAAGUCAAACUAAAUAUUAAGCCCAUCUCGGCAAUAUUAUUCAAAACUGUUGCAUAUUUUCCUCAAAAUAAUUUUUCAACGGCCAUAAAAAUAUUAGAAUGUUGGUGUAUGGAUGACAAUUAUGCGAUAAUUAUUCGAAAUGCAUUGAUAGAAGCUGACAGGAGAGCAAUUGACAGACUUGGUUUACUGCUAUGCUGUAACUUAUCAACACCCAGAUCACUUUAUACUUUAUUAGGCGAUUCAGUUAUUGACAUACCGAAUUGGAAUUACACAUUAUGUAAAAAAUUAUUAUUUCUCUUUUACAACGAAGACAAUAAUAUUGUUAUCAAUCUUAUGAACUAUUUAAAAUUGGUACAAAUUCAUUCAAAUAAAAAUAUACUCUGUAAUAUUGUUUUAGAACUAGUCGAGGUCUGGAGUAAUAGAAGUGCUAUGUUACACACACCAAUUGAACAACACUAUUAUUUAUCAAAAUUAAUUGUUUUUGGCGCUUAUUGUUUAUCUGACAUGGCGCUUAAUAAUGAUUUCAUAACCAAUUUUGAAAUUAAGCUAUUCGAAGGAGUACCCAUACAUUUAGAAAGUUCAGAAGAAAAAAUGAGAACCAUAGGAAUGAUUGUGGCGGAAACUGUUAUUGGCUUUAUCAAAGAUAAGGAUAACUUAAAUCAAUUAAAUUUUGAGUAUGACAGUUUACAAGAAGAAUCAAAACUUAUUGCUAAAACUCUAAAAGAAUUCCCCAAUAAUAAUUUUAAAAACAAAUUAAAAUUUGAUACAGCUUUCGAUUUAUUACAGAACUUUUGCCUUGCAAACUCUAAUGUUGUUAAUCCUAAACGGACUGUGCUAUCUAAGCCUGAUUUAAAAGAGGCAUCCGAACGUGUUAAAAAUAAAAUACUCGAAGAAGAGCAGCUCGACAGUGAUGACGAUCUUGAACCUUAUGAUCUAUCCAAUGAUAUUAAAACAAAUAUAAAAAAUCAACCGAAAUAUUUACGUGAUCUUAUUGAUGGUUUUAAUGAACAAAAAGAUGCCGAUAUCUGGAUAGGAAGUCUAGAAGUGGCUGAAAAUCUUAUAAAAACUCAGUUACCUAACGAUGAUAUAACAUUUGCUAUUGAAUUGUUAACAUUACUAAUAUCAAUGGAAAAACAAUUUUAUUUGGAAAAUUUUGAAAGCCUUAGGUAUCAUUCUGCUGUGGCUGUUGUUAAAAUUUUUCCAUUUGAAUGUGCAAAACAUUUGUGUAGUAUGUUUUAUGCGUCCAUCGGCAAGUAUGCUGUUUGUCAUCGUAUUUUAAUGUUAAAUAUAUUGACAGGAUCUGCUAAGGAGCUAUCUGGUUUUGAAAAAAUUACCGAUGAUAACACAAAUGAUGGUCUUGCGGUUAAAGUCAAUGUUAAUGAUUUGGAAUGUAUUGUUAAACAACGAAUAAAACAAAAAACUAGAAUAAUAUCCACACCAAAAGCUCCAAUUAAAUUGCAAAGCAAUCAUUUUGCUUUGGUAGCCAAUGCGUUUUUCUUUCCACUAAUCCGUGGAAAUUUAACAGAUCCAAUUAUUCAUCAACAUACAGACGACAUGAAAGAUUUAAACUUUCUCGGUGUACAUUUACUCAACUCUCUUUCUGUUAUACUAUGCUGUGCUGUUAACUCGAUGCACGUAGUCCGCAUGGGUAUGGAACUUUUAGAAUGGACUUGGUCGCUAAGAUUUCAUAAUGAUGUUAAAAUCAGAACUGCGGUCAUGGGUUGUGUAGCUGCUGUACUACUAUCAGUGCCCAAGUCAAGACUUAUUGAUGAUAUGUCAACUUCUCUGUUAGAAUUUGUCAUGUGGCUGGAAAAUGUUGUUGUAUCGGAAGGCGUUAUGAACAAAAUAGACAAUGAAGUAGAUAGUGAAGCGAGGAAGUUUGCCGUACAAGUUUUGAUACUUUACAAGAACACUUUUGGCGAUGGAAUGUUCAUAAAAUAAAUAUAUUUUUGUCAUAAAUUAAAAUAUCACAUUUUUCAAACUUCAAUUUGUGUACAAUAUAAAACAAAGAUAUUAAAUGGAGUUGUACUUCUUUACCUUAUCACACACAAAUAUAUGUGUUGUUGUUUAUUUUUUUAUUCUU